CGGGAGGGAAGAUGGCGGCGGCGGGUGGGGGGAGCGCUGCCGUGUCGGUGCUGGCCCCCAGCGGGCGGCGGGUCACGGUGCGGGUGGGGCCCGGGACGGUGCUGCUCCAGAUCCUCGAGGAGGUCUGCAGGAAGCAGGGCGGCAGCCCCGGCGAGUACGGCCUGAAGUUUCAGAGGAGUGUGUUGGAUCUCUCUUUGCAGUGGAGAUUUGCCAGACUGCCCAACAAUGCCAAGCUGGAGAUGGUGCCAGUCUCCAGCAGAGUGGGAGUUGGAAACACGGUUCGGAUUGCGUUACAGUUAGAUGACGGCUCCCGUUUACAAGACACCUUCCUCUGUCAGCAGACUUUGUGGGAACUUCUCAACUGUUUUGCAAAGAUCAGGGAGUUUAUGGAACAGCACAGUGAAUUCUCUCCAGUUUGUAUUUACAUGCGAGAUGAGAUAUCAGGAAAAGAUGCCUUAGAGAAAACAACGCUGAAGUCUCUUGGCCUGACAAGGGGCAGUGCCAUCAUCAGAGUUGUCAUGAAGAAAUGCAGUUCAUCUGGUCAGGAGGAACCUGUGGGUGCCACGGUGCAGUGCAAUGAGCUGACAGUGAGGUCAGGCUUUACUGAAGGAGCAGUGGAUGUGCCCCUACCUCAAGAAAACUCAUUCCCAAAGGACUUAGACCACAGGGAUGUGGCUAUGUCUUUAAACAGCUGCACAGACAAGCAAGGCUUGAUAAGAGAAUCUCAUGCCAACUUGGAGGAGCCUUGCUCAGAGCCCAAGCCUACCCCUUUUGUCCCUUUUUCUGGAGAUGGACAGCGUCUGGUGGACUCCUCUGUAGCUGCACCAUCUCUUGGGUUAGAUAUGCCGUCUUCGAAGCUGCCAACAACUUCUUCUAGCCCUGGAGGCCCUUCUAAGCCAAAGAAGUCUAAGAAUAGCCAAGAACUGCAGAAGGAGCAAGGACAGCUUGUAGAACGACAGCCACUUGUAUGCCACCUAGAUCUACUGGAACCCCUUCCUACUGGCCCAGAGGAGCUUCCCGAUGAGUUUUUUGAGGUCACAGUGGAUGAUGUACGGAAACGUUUGGCACAGCUGCAGAGUGAGAGGAAACGCCUAGAAGAAGUUCCACUGAUGACAAAGUCUUUGAGGGAGGCUCAGCUGAAGGAGAAGUUAGAGCGUUAUCCAAAGGUGGUGUUGAGAGUUCAUUUUCCAGAUCGUCAUGUUCUGCAGGGAUUCUUCCAUCCUAGUGAAACUGUUGGCAUUUUGAGAGACUUUGUGAGAAGCCACCUUGCAGAUGCAGACUUGCCAUUUUACUUGUUUAUUGCACCUCCCAGAGUCAUCUUGAACGAUGAAAGUUUGACGCUCUUUGAGGCUAAGCUAUUUCCAACUGCUGUCAUUCAUUUUGGGUCUGAGAAGAGCAGGGAUUGUUACCUGAAAUUGGAAUUACUGAACUCUUUGGUUUCCCCUGCUGCAUCUGAUUUAUCAGCAGCCAGAUGUUUGUCCAGAUCAUUAGUUCAUUCUGCUUCUUCAGAGUCAACAAUUCCAUUCCUAUCAGAACCAGACACGGGAAGUCACAAGAAGACUGCUGAGAAACCAGAACCAGCAAGUGUGCAGGAAGCACCACAGGUGCUGAGAAGGACUCCUGGGAAAAUGCCCAAAUGGCUGAAGCUGCCAGGUGGGAAGAGAUGAAACUGCUGUGGAUCAGUGAGCAGUCAGCUGUGACCUUUUCCUGAUGAACUUGCUCAAAAUGUUCAAAUGUAAGAAAUUGUUGGUGGCUCUGGAGAGUAUGAACAUUAGCUAUAGAUAGAAAAUUGCUGUUUCAGAUGCUAAUUUCACCUUUUGGGUGAGUGGAAGUCCUGUUUGUGGUCUUCAUGACUGCAGAAGCAAGGUUAGAUGUUAAAUUUAAGAUUUCUUGCAUGCAAAUAAUAUGAACAGUUACGGGGGAAGUAAUUCCCAUAUACUUUCUGUGAAGGACUUUGUUUCUGUCUGUAUUUUUAAAACCAAAUUUUCUCAGUUCUAACUUAAGGGAUAAUUUUAGUCUAGCUGUCUGAAUUCAGGCAGCAAGAUACAAUCCCAUAUUUACCUAUAGUUAACAAGACUUCUCCCUGCUUCUUGCUGGCUGGCAUUAAUGCUACUGGUAAUUUUGGGCAUAGAUGGCUGGAGAGUGAGUGAAGAGGAAGAACUUAGGUCACUUAAAAUAUUUCAGAUAGGCUUUUUCUGUAAACCUGUUGGUCUAUAGCACUUGUUUUGUUUUCAGUUGCCAGGAUCUUGUUAACAAAGAACACAGGUAUCCGUUAAUGGAAUGCACGUGGAGUUUGUUUUUGCCCCAAGCUCUGUGUUUUAUUUUCGUUGCAUAUAAUCGACAUCAGUAAUUAAAGUUACAGUGGGGAAGAAAACAUCCUGUAAGAGAGGCUUCUCAUGUGACCUUUGAUCUGUGGACUUCUAUGGUCCAAGUGUUUCCACAGAGCAGCUGUUCUCUGCAGUGCAGUGAGUGUUCAGAGGAAAGCAGAAGUCCAGACCUUUGCCUCCUGCAGAUGGUACACAGGGAUGGGUAUUUUUGGUUAGAAAUUGCACUUCUGAAGAUGAGCUCUGUAGUCCCACAGUAGCCAUGGUGCUGUAUUUUAUUUGAAGUCUUGUCCAUGGAUCAGUGAUUCAUGUUGGACAGUAGGGGUUCCAUAUUAUGGUAAUAAUAUGUUUUCCAUUUUCCCUGUAUAGACAAUUGUUCCUGAACUAUGUGUGCAUCUGCACAAUUUGUAGAUGUAAUAAAGCAGUGUGGCCAUAGGAGGCCUUUUAUCCA